AUGUACAGCAUUCCACAGCGAAUUAAUCUGGUCUCGGCAUUUGCUCUCAGUGUUGUGAGUGUUCUUUCUUUCUUUGUAGCGCUAUCUGGCCUGCAAAUUGGCGCGCCAACGAGUGACAUUCGCUUGAGGAAGGCAGACGUCGUUUAUGGACUUGCGCGAUACCACGCAGAUCGUCGCCCCCAGCAUUAUUUGGAGACGCGUCUUGAUGUGGAUUUGGACACGUCGCCUUUGUUCACCUGGAAUACAAAGCAGGUGUUUUUGAGCUUGACUGCAUCGUAUGAAUCGCCUCAAACGGGCCAACAUGACGUGGUGAUUUGGGAUACCAUCGUCAAGGAUAAGGAAUCUGCCCGUGUUAAGAGAAAGAAUUUGCGCAACAAGUACGGUUUACGUGAGCUUAGUCGAUCAUUUGAGAACGUAACAUCGAUUGAUUUCCGGGUCGAAUGGAAUGUCAUGCCGUAUGUGGGUAUAAUGCAGCGCGGGGUGAUGCCACGGUCUCGAUCCUAUGCGGUAACACAGAAUCCCGAGCUUCAACAUCAGUCACCAGUCAUUGUGCCAUAUUAA